AGAGACGGAAGCCGAAUUGGACCAGAAACGGCGUUGGAGCCAAACAUGGCGUCUGCAGAGGAAAGCGGCCACACAGCAGCUGCUGAAGCUCCGCCGCCCAAACUGGCAGAUUUAUUAGAUUCAGGAUGGAGGUUAUAUGAGGAGUUAGAGAGGAGCAGCGAGCCCACAAACUCCGAGUCCGUCCAGCUGAAAGUAAAACGCGGGAUUAAACAGCUGCAGGACGCGGUGAGGAUGGUGUCCCAGCUCGAGCUGUUCAGCCGUAACGAGGAGCUGGAUGAGAUCUCCACAGCAGAUCUGAAGUUCCUGUUGUUACCUGCGCUGCUGGCUGCGUUGGUGAUGAAGCAGGUGGGCGUGGUUCAGCGGUUGGAGCAUGUGCAGAUGGCGCGUGUUCACUUUUUCGACUUCCUCAGGCGCUGUAAAGAUUACAACAUCAGCUCGUUCCGCAUGCCCCGAGACACCAAGGACACAGAGGGGAUGUCCUCAGGGGCGGAGACUGACACACAGAGCCCUGCCCACCCAAUCCAGCCUGAUCUCAUCGGCAUGGCAACACAGAGACAAGCCAAAAUUGAGAGGUAUAAGCAGCAGAAGCAGGUGGAGCAGAAGCUGGCUGAACUCCGAGUGCUGGUGGAUGGAGGUUCGGUGGAUGAGGAGGUGAUGAGGGAGUUUUACCUGUUACAGGUGCGCAGGUGGAUUACAGUCGCUCUGGAGGAAAUCGAGUCCAUCGACCAGGAAGUCCAGAUCCUCAGGAGGAUGCCUGCUUUCAAUGAGGCUCCGGUUCAGAAACCGAGACGAGCACCGAUGAAGCCCUUCAUCCUCACUAAAGACGCAGUGCAGGCCCAGGUGUUUGGUGCAGGGUAUCCCAGUCUUCCCACCAUGACAGUAGAUGACUGGUAUGAACAGCACAGAAGGAGGGGAUGUUUACCUGACCAGGGCAUCCCUCAGAGCACAGUGGAUGUAGAUGCAGAGGAGCGAGAGAAAGAAGAAAAGGAGAGGAAAGAGGAAGAGGAUGAUGAAGAGGCUUUACAGAAAGCCAGAGACUGGGAUAACUGGAAAGACACACACCGCCGAGGAUACGGCAACCGCCAGAACAUGGGCUAGAAGUACAGACACACACGAGGCACUUACUCCGAGUUACUUUCACACACUCACCUGACUCUGAAAUAAACUUUUUCCAUUGAAUCGUGUUUUGAAAGAAACUGUUGAAGUUCCUCGAAACUUUAUUUAAGCUAAAAUGAAUAAUUCAGUCGGAUAAAUACAUUUCCUGAGAAAUGUCUGAAGAACAUUGAAACACUCAGUCCCACCCCCUCAUUAAUAUUCCAAAUCUGCUCAGCUCUAUGAAUACAAAUGAGUAUGCGGAUGAGAGACGGCCCCCUCAGCGAGGCAGUACAGCUGAUGAGAAACAUUGAGAUGUGGAAAUGCAUGGAAUGAAUAAACAAAUAAAUUGUUUUGCUUGAAA